AUGAAAUUCUCGAGACCUUGGUGUAAUCUUAUAGGAAACCCUAAUUUUAUUUCCAAGCACCAUCAGAAACAAAUUACUCUCGAUGAAGGUGUCGGCACUGUCUUUGUGGUGUACAAUGAUAAAGUAAAUAAUUAUAAAGCAACCAUCACAACUCUCAACCUUGAUGGUGUAAAUAGGCUCCCUCUCAAGAAACCAUCGUUUAGAUCCAUUGAUGGAUGCUUUAGAUACAUAGCAGUGUGUGGUCCAAUUAAUGGCAUACUCUGUGUUUAUGCUAGUUUGCCAAAGUGUGAGGAUAUUAUCCUUUGGAAUCCUGCUACAAAAGAAAUGAAGACUCUAGCGGUUGAGUUAUUCUCUCUAAAGAGUGAUUCUUGGAGAGUGAUCCCCGGUAUGGAUGUUUUCCCAUGGUUUGGCUAUUACAGCACUUACAAGGAUGGAGUUUCUUAUUGCUUGGCGGCUGAAGGUAGUUAUCUGGUGUCAGAUCCUGAAUGCAUCUUGUCAUUUGACAUGGACAAUGAAGUGUUUGAGAAACUGGCACUGCCCUCGAAUAUGGAGAUGUCUGGUUUUUCUUUACUUGAUUUCAUGAAUGGAAAUCUUUCUCUAGUGCUUUGCCCAGAUGAGGAUAUGGAGAAAUGCUUUGAUAUAUGGGUAAUGACUCAACAUGGAGUCAAGGAGUCUUGGGUGAAACAAGUGAGUAUUGGACCCCUUUCAGGAGUCGAGAGGCCGGUAGCAUUUUCAAAGAAUGGCGGAUUGUUUCUGGCAAUUAAGAAGGGGCAGCUGGUCUUGUAUGACGCCCCUACCAAACAGUUGAGGAACCUUCCACUUCUUGGCAAAGACAAAUUUGAAGAAAGAAACUCGUAUUACUAUAUAUGGCCUGCUGCCCUGUCAAAACCUUUUAGGAUUUUUUGGAUCUACUUUGUUUUGGUUGUAAUCCCUUUAGCCAAGCGGGAGAAUUCUGUUGUUUUGGAUACAAAAUACUAUCAAAGACUGAAGAUCCGAGAUGGUUUGAUUGCAAUUGGCUAG